CGCCUGUCUGUCACUUGUAGGAGAUGGAAUGUGCAGUGGGUUUAAACCGUUCCACCCGAACUGUCUUCAUUGCGCUGUGGUUCCUACUCGCCGUCGUCAGCGCGGAGAUCCGGCACAACAAUGUCAGCUCCUCUCGGAGCCCCACGGGGCAGCAGCAAAGACACGUCCCCGGACCCAACAUUGUACUGGUCACUUGUGAUUCUUUGGAUGGAAGAUUGACAUUCAGCCCACAGAACCAGACAAUUAAUCUUCCCAACAUAAACCUGAUGAGAGACAAUGGCGCAGUUUUUCUCAAUACCUAUAGCAAUUCUCCAAUUUGCUGUCCUUCUCGAUCAGCCUUAUGGAGUGGCUUAUUUGUUCAUUUAACAAAAUCCUGGAAUAAUUUCAAGUGCUUGAACCCUGUUUACCCCACCUGGAUGAAAGUCCUACAGAAUCAUGGCUAUUACACAAAAGUAUAUGGAAAAACUGAUUAUACUUCAGGACACCACUCAGUGAGUAAUCGUGUCGAAGCCUGGACCAGGGAUGUCAAGUUUUUGCUCAGACAAGAAGGUAGACCGAUAGCAGAGCUGGUUGGUAAUGAAUCAACUGUAAGAGUCAUGGACCGUGAUUGGAAAAAUGUAGAUAAGGCUGCUGAAUGGAUACGAUACAAAGCAACACAGCUAAAUCAACCAUUUGUUCUGAGUUUGGGUCUGAAUUUGCCUCAUCCCUAUCCAACUCCAAGUAUGGGAGAAGCAUGUGGAGGGUCCACGUUUAAAACAUCACCAUAUUGGCUUAAAAAGGUGAAUCAUCGAGCAGUCAGGAUUCCAAAGUGGCUUUCUUUCACUGGAAUGCAUCCUGUGGACUUUUAUUCCUCCUAUACCAAGAACUGUACUGGCAAUUUCACAGAUCAGGAGAUCAGGGACAUCAGAGCAUUUUACUAUGCAAUGUGUGCUGAAACUGACUCAAUGCUAGGUAAGAUUUUAACAACUAUUCAUGACACUGGACUCCAAAACAACACUUACUUAAUUUUUACUUCUGAUCAUGGUGAGUUAGCAAUGGAGCAUCGUCAGUUCUAUAAAAUGAGCAUGUAUGAAGGAAGUUCUCAUGUGCCUUUGCUGAUAACUGGACCAGGUAUUUCAGAAGGACAACACAUAUCAGAUUUGGUAUCUCUUGUGGACAUCUAUCCAACUCUUCUUGAUAUUGUGGGAAUCCCUCUUCCAAAAAACCUAAGUGGAUAUUCUCUACUCCCAUUGCUAAGAAGAACACCAAACAAUAUUUUUGUGAAAAAUUCCCGACCUGACUGGGUAUUUAGUGAGUUUCAUGGCUGCAACGUUAAUGCUUCCACCUACAUGAUUCGGACUAGCAGGUGGAAGUACAUAACCUACGCUGAUGGGAUUUCAGUACCUUCCCAACUGUUUGAUCUGAUUGCUGAUCCAGAUGAAUUGAUAAAUGUGGCGACCAAAUACACAAAAAUUACAAGGACUCUUGAUAAGAAACUUCGCUCCAUAUUAGAUUACCCAGAGGUAUCCAGAUCUGUUCAUCAAUAUAACAAGCUUCAAUUCAGCAAAUGGAAAGAAAGUCUGGGAAAGAAUUACACAAAUGUUAUUGCCAACCUCCGGUGGCACCAGAGUUGGCAAAAGAAUCCUGUAUUUUAUCAAAAUGCAAUUGAAAAUUGGUUAAAUUCAACUAUUGGCAUAUAGUUUUCCAUGUAUUAUUACCUACAAGGAUCCAUGUCUAGUCCUUUCCACUUAUCUACUUGCUGAACUUUGGAGACAGUAGAUAUUGUCCACAAAUGUAAAGUCAGAAACUAUACACUCACCAAUGAAAUGCAGGUCUACCUUCCUUGGCCUUCUACUUCUACGGCAGGGGUUCCAACCUCAGUUAAUUGUAGGGGUCUAUGGUAUAAAAUAGGUUGGGAACUCCCGCUCUUGGAGCUUGUCAGACCCAAUCUCAAACCCCUCUUUUCAAGCUCCUCUAUCCAGACCCCUCACCAAAUUCAACUCACCUCAAACUCCACACAUCACGCUCCUCAACUCAAGCAACACUCCUCAGCUGAAACUCUGAUUCUCUAUCUCCACAUCUCACACUCCAUAGAACAUUACAGCACAGAAACAGGCCUUUUGGCUCUUCUUGGCUGUGCCAAACCAUUUUUCUGCCUAGUCCCACUGACCUGCACCUGGGCCCUAUCCCUCCAAACCCCUCUCAUCCAUAUACCUGUCCAAGUUUUUCUUAAAUGUCAAAAGUGAGCCCGCAUUCACCACUUCAUCUGGCAGCUCAUUCCACACUCCCACUACUGUCUGCGUGAAGAAGCCCCCCACUAAUGUUCUCUUUAAACUUUUCCCCCUUCACCCUUAAACCAUGACCUCUGGUUUUUUUCUCCCCUAGCCUCAGUGGAAAACUCCUCUCCUCAAACUCCUCACAUCCAACUCCUCAGGUCAAUCACCUCUUAUCAAACAGCUUUUGUCAAACAUUCUCAUCAAACACCUCAUCUUCAAUUUCCCCUCCUGAAAUUCCUUGCUUUUCUCCUCAGAUGCCUUGCCUCUAACUCCUCUCUGGAUCACGUUCCCUGUCCCCCUUGUCUGGAUCUCUUUCCCCACCCCUCCACCUUAAGUCUGGAU